GCAUCAACCGUAGGAGGCGAAGGGAUACAGACUCGUGCAGGCUAAUUGUAGCAGCCAGCGUUCGCAGGUGUAACGUUUAUCCGCCUGUGUGUGGAACUGGGGUAUAAUAUUGACAAGCCGUUCAGAGCCUUGAGAUUGAAAAAACUGGGAGAAUGUUGCACCAAGUACAAUGAGCGCCCAUUUGUCGCAGACACACAAUUCAAAUUUGAUGAGCAACACUGAAGCGUCUUUGGAAUCUUAAAAAGUGGAUCCCACGACUUUACAAUCAUGCGAAAUACUUGGUUGUCUGCCCGGAGUUCGAUUUUGGAAUACUGGACACCGGCCAUUCUAUGUCUCUUUUGGAUUCAGUACUCUUGUGGGAUGCCUCAUGUCAUUCGAAUAGGGGGGAUUUUCGAACAAACAGAGGGACCGGUGCCGCUCGUCAGCCCAGAGGAGCUUGCCUUUAAAUUUGCAGUGAACAACAUCAACAGAAACAGGACUUUAUUGCCCAACACGACGUUAACUUAUGACAUACAGAGGAUUAAUAUCUACGACAGUUUUGAAGCGUCGAGAAAAGCCUGUGACCAACUGUCUUUAGGUGUCGUGGCAAUAUUUGGGCCGUCACAUAGCUCAUCCUCAAACGCCGUCCAGUCCAUCUGCAAUGCUUUGGAAGUGCCACACAUCCAGGUGCGAUGGAAACAUCACCCUAUGGACAACAGGGACACGUUUUACGCCAAUCUGUACCCGGAUUACUCUUCUCUCAGCUACGGCAUCUUGGAUUUGGUGCAGUUCCUCAAGUGGAAAACGGCCACAGUCGUAUACGAUGACAGUACAGGUCUUAUUAGACUACAGGAACUGAUAAUGGCCCCCUCCAGGUAUAACAUCAGGCUAAAGAUUCGCCAGCUCCCUCUUGACGGAGAGGACACCAGGCCUCUCCUCAAGGAGAUGAAGAGAGGACGGGAGUUUCGCAUAAUCUUUGACUGCAGCCAUGAAAUGGCUGCACAGAUCCUUAAACAGGCCCAGACGAUGGGAAUGAUGACAGAGUACUACCACUACAUCUUCACCACUCUGGACCUCAUGGCUAUCGACCUGGAGCCCUACCGUUUCUGUGGUGUCAACAUGACUGGCUUCCGCAUCCUCAACGUGGACAACCCUCAGGUGGCGUCCAUCGUGGAGAAGUGGUCCCAAGAGAGGCAGAUACCUCCCAAGCCCGACUCGGGCCUCCUGGAGGGGAUCAUGACGACAGAUGCUGCUCUGACGUACGACGCGGUCCACAUCGUGUCCAUCUCCUACCAGCACGCACCACAGAUGACGGUCAACUCGCUGCAGUGCCACCGCCACAAACCCUGGAGGUUCGGCGGGCGCUUCAUGAACUUCAUCAAAGAGUCUCACUGGGAAGGACUGACGGGGAGGCUGUCAUUCAACAGGACCAGUGGCCUCCGCACAGACUUUGACCUGGACAUCAUCAGCCUGAAAGAGGAGGGCCUGGAGAAGGUGGGGAAGUGGAGUGCGUCCGGAGGUCUCAACAUCACCGAGGUCCCCAAGCGGAAAGGGAUGAACAUCACCGACUCGCUGGCCAACCGUUCCCUGGUCAUCACCACAAUCCUGGAGGAGCCAUAUGUCAUGCUUAAGAAGUCUGACAAGGCGCUGGUGGCCAACGACCGUUUCGAGGGAUUCUGUAUCGACCUGCUCAAGGAGCUGGCCAGCAUCCUGGGCUUCACCUACGAGAUCCGCCUGGUGCCUGAUGGGCGGUACGGAUCGCAGGACGACAAGGGCCAGUGGAACGGCAUGAUCAAGGAGCUGAUGGAACACAGAGCCGACUUGGCUGUGGCCCCUCUUACCAUCACCUACCUGCGUGAGAAGGUCGUGGACUUCUCCAAGCCCUUCAUGAGCAUGGGCAUCAGCAUCCUGUACCGCAAGCCCAACACCACCAACAACGGAUUCUUCUCCUUCCUCAACCCCAUGACCCCUGACAUCUGGGUCUACAUCCUGCUGGCUUACCUAGGCGUCAGCUGUGUCCUCUUCGUCAUCGCCAGGUUCAGUCCAUACGAAUGGUACGACGCCCAUCCCUGCAAUCCCGGAUCCGACGUGGUGGAGAACAACUUCACCCUCCUUAACAGCUUCUGGUUUGGUGUGGGCUCCCUCAUGCAGCAAGGCUCUGAGCUGAUGCCCAAAGCCCUGUCCACCAGGAUCAUUGGAGGCAUCUGGUGGUUCUUCACCCUCAUCAUCAUCUCCUCCUACACGGCCAACCUGGCCGCCUUCCUCACCGUGGAGCGCAUGGUGUCGCCCGUGGACUCUGCCGACGACAUCGCCAAGCAGACCAAGAUUGAGUAUGGUGUGGUCAAAGACGGUGCCACCAUGUCUUUCUUCAAGAAAUCAAAGGUUUCUACUUUUGAGAAGAUGUGGGCCUUCAUGAGUAGUAAACAGAGUACGUCGUUGGUCAAGUCCAUUGAGGACGGCAUCCAGAGGGUUCUGAAGUCUGACUAUGCCUUGCUCAUGGAGUCCACCACAAUCGAUUACAUUACCCGGCAGAACUGCAACCUCACCCAGGUUGGAGGCAUCAUUGACAGCAAAGGCUAUGGAAUAGGCACUCCCAUGGGCUCUCCAUACCGGGACAAAGUGACCAUCGCCAUCCUGAGCAUCCUGGAGGAUGGCCGUCUGCACAUGCUCAAGGAGAAGUGGUGGAGCGGCAGCAGCUGUCUGGACGAAGAGCGCCGUGAAAGCGCCGGCCCCAUGGGCAUUCAGAACCUGGGAGGGAUCUUUAUAGUGCUGGCGUCUGGCCUGGUUCUCUCCGUCUUUGUGGCUAUAGCUGAAUUCAUAUACAAGCUAAGGAAGACGGCAAAACGUGAGCAGAGGUCUUUCUGCAGUGCCAUGGUGGACGAGAUCAGACAGUCGUUCACCUGCGGGAGGCGUGUGAAACACAAGCGCCACCACCAGGCCCCGGUCAUGGUCAAGACGGAUGCAGUGAUCAACAUGCACACGUUCAACGACCGACGACUCCCGGGAAAGGACAACAUGAGCUGCAACACUGGGAUGACCCCCGUGUUCCCGUGACGGUUUGCGCCUCCCAGAGAAAGAGCCUCCUGAGCAAUGUGGAGGGCGUGAUUGGUCCCGAAACCUGGGACAAUGGAAUCGAGGGGAUCACCAG